CCCCGCAGAAUGGGUGAAUGAAGUGUGUUUGGUUUUGAGGUGGGAAAAAAGUGCCAUCCAAUCCUGGUAUUCAUUUUGAUGCUCAAAGAUGACAUAAAAGCCGCAUGCCAGGGAGGAAUGCCCACUGAGGAGUAAGAAAGCAGCCCUGCACUCCUCUGUGAUUGGGACUGACUGUGUUGUUGCUGGGUGGAACAGCGUAAUGCUGUUGCUGCUCCUGCUCCAGCACUGUGAUGUUUCUGUUCCAGAUUGUGCUGACUCACAUUCAAGAAAACAUGAUACACAGACACAAUGCACUGUAACUCUUUUCCUUCCCCCCAGUAACCUCGAAAGUUUCUGUAGCUCAUGCAUUAAAUGGCUGAGACAGCAACUGGAAUAUCAAGAGAUGAAGAGGAGAUCCAAAACAGCAGUGAUGAUGAAGACAGAUUUCCGACUCAUGGUGCUUUAACAGCAUCCCCUGAUUGCUCUGCCAGCCUUUUGCUAGACGGCCUUAAUGAAGACGAGGGAAGCUCAGCGGUGCCAGAAAGACUGUCUGUCCUCUCCAGCAGGGCAGUGGCCCAGGUAAAAGCCCUGACUGGCCCAGAGACAGUUAGUGGUGGCCAGGCACAGAGGACAGCUGCUGGGCUGGCUGAGCAUCCUCUGGCAGCUGUGGAUGCAUCUUUAGAUGCCUCCUCAUGUCCUGAGGCAGCUGAUAACCUGCUGCCUGUGAACAUUGCCUCCCUGCACUCCAAAAGCCCCUGCUGUGAUGGCGAAUGGAGUUCAGAGGUGCUGCAGGCCCUAAGGGUGCCCGCUGAGGCCAGUGAGGCCCUGAAGGCUGGGACUGACCCCGGAGACUGCCACACGCAGCAGGCACGGAGCGGCACCAAGGGCAGUAUGGCCUCUUGCAGUUUGGGCUGUGUGAUUUGGAUGAAGACCACAAAAGUAGCGGAGGCCUUAGAAAAUAAGAAAAAGGAGGAAAAGGAAAAGUACCGUCUCCAGCUAGCUAUGUACCGACGGCUCCUGCUGUUGCGCUCCAUCAGGAGUUUGCAUAGGCAGCUGGAGCAGCAGCAGGCCAGGCUGCAGGAAUGCUAUGGCACAGUGAUAAAUACAAAGAAAGAAGUGUUGAAACACAUUUGCUCAAUCUCACCCUCACCUUCACCAUAAUCAUGUUGCUGCUUGCAGAAAUGAGCUUUGCAAUGCCACCAGAGCUGCCAGUAAGCUUGCGUGCCAUAGGGGUGGCGUCCUCAUGUGCGCCAAGAGUGGAGAGGAAACAGCAGCAGCAGCAGCAGAGCAAGAAAAGAGGAGAGAAGGUAAAGUGUUGGCCUCUGAAUUUAUCUGGAGGAAAAAAGAGCAAGGGUGAACCUGUGCAAGAAGCUGACUCCUGAUGCCCACUCAAAGCCUCAAGGCGAAAAGGAUUUUUUUGCCAUAUAGGUUUGUAAAAAGAAAAAAAUCACCUCAAACUGGGAACCUAGUCUGUCACCUGAUCUGUAAAGGUGCCUGGAUGCAAGGUUGCUGCCUGCUGAACAUGUGAUAUGCACAUGUCCCUUCUAAUUUCAGCACCAACAAAAUUUGAACAGAAUUAGGGUUUAUUUGUCUGCAAGAAUACCUGAAUCUAAAAAGCCAGGAUAUUUGAAACACUUAUCUCAGGCUUGAUUAUAUCUACCUAGCUGGCUGUUUUUCACAAAACUGCUAAGGACACUGUAUGUUUGCAACCUCUACUUUCCUUUAAAAUUUAUUCAGAUUAACCAGAAAUUAUUGUGGGAAGGUAGGCCAGCCAAACACACAGAGUAAAGGAGUGAAAAUGCCUAAGCCUGAUUUCCUCAGGAAAGUAAGCUAAAAACAAAGGCCUUGUAGUCUGACACUUGCACUGGAAACCCAGGCUGGCAGUGCCAGGGGAAUGUUCAAGGUCUGCACAAUUAUUAAUCUGCUGCUAAUUCCCAGUGGCACGAGCAUCUGCAAAUCAAGCAUAUUUUGUGCCUUACUGCUGUCAUUUAAUGGAAGUUGGUGACAAUUAGCACUUUUUAUCCAGGUGUAUUAGACAUGUGGAAAACCCUGGAGCGCUGUUUCUCCAAUUGCAAGGUUAGGAUGCCUGCAAGGAAUUUGAUGUCAGUAUGUAACAAACACGCAGGGAAAAUGAAAACAAAAAGAUGCAACUUUUUUGUAUGCAUUUAAAAGGCAAUGUGAGUCACUAUUAUUGAACAGCAAAUUGAAUAGUUGAACGUGCUGUUUUAGAAUCGGAAGCAAAAUAUGUUUCAAGAAGAAAAGGUACAAAAAAGUUUCCUUUUCUAGGAUUUCAAGGGAUAUGGAGAAAUCACAUUUUUUUUCAAAUAUAUUUCUGAUCAUGCCAGCUUUCCUUU